AUGGAGCUGAGACCUGAUGCCAGCCACAAGGAGAAUGUGCCCCCCAGGCCAGCAACCUCCCUGAGGCCAGAGCCACGGAGACUCCGGAAGAGCCUGGGUGUCGGCCUGGCCGGUAGACGUGGCCGGUGGGUGCCUGUGGGCCCGGCUGAGAGGGGAGGGCCUGCUGCCACACCGUGCCCGGGGACAGCGCUGCGCCAGGAGCCUUGCCGAGUCCAGAGCAACCUGGCCAGCCCCAGCCCCAGCAUGGGCCUCGUCCUGAGGGACAUGACCGGCCAGCUGACCAACUCAAGCUUCCGGCAGCAGGACAACCUGCAGCCCUUGGUUGGGAGACCCCAAGGGAGAGUCCAAGACUUUGCGAUCCAGCAAAGUAACUUGUGUGCUAGGGAGACCCACACGGCUGAGUGUGGACGUCUCACCAGCCCCCAGCUCUGGUCAGAGCCUCAGGAGAGCUUCCGGCCCCACCUGAUGCCCCAGGGAAGCCCCCUACCCCAAGGGCCACUGGCUCGCCCAUCCUCCAGUCUGAGGCAGUCCUGGCUGCUGGCCACAGAUACCUCUUGCCCAGACAUCGGGCUUGCUACAGGGCUGGCCCCACUCAAAGGGCCCACAUGGUCAGACCCCAGAUCCCGGGGUGGCCUGGGGGGCUGGGCCUCCAGGCUCGUGGGGGAACCCCUGACCCUGAAAGACCUGGCUGUCCCUGCCCAGAGCCCACCUCGGGCCCCAUCCCAAGCUGCCAUUCACCAGCUGCUGGUCUGCGUUCAACGCCUGGAGUGCCAGGCAGUGCGACUCAGGUGCCAGGCAUCCCGGGAAUUCCCAGGCCCUGUGCGGCAGGAGUCCUGGACCAGAGCUGGCCAGACACUCCCUGUCCGCCCCCAGCUCAGCCAGCCUGUUCUCGAUUCCUGGGAUGAGAGGAGGAGACACUCCCGAGGCCUCAGGGAAACUACCAGUUUCCCAGAGACACCGGGGCCCCAGGAGGGUCUCUCAGACUCGCAAGCAAGCAGCAAGCAUGCAUCCCUGGGGACCACUCUGGUGAUGCUGCCUGGGGAUGCCCUUGACCCUGAGCAGGUGGUCCUUUCUGCCUGCCCCCUAAGGCAAGGAGAGCAGAGCUCCCCGGGGACUACACACGGCUGGGGGCAGAGGGGAGACCCCCUGCGCCCUCCAGGUGUGGACAGCAGGGAGGCCAGACUCUGCUCUUCAGCCUCGUCCAGUUCAGCCCAGGGCAUCCUCCCUGGGCGGGAAGGAGGGGAUGGGACCCCAAGGGAGCGGAUCAGCAGGGAGAAAGAAAGGCCAGCUUCCAGGAAUGCCCUGCAGAGCAAAGCCAGAAACACGGUGAACCUGGAGCCUGAGUUAGGCCGCUGGCAGUGGCUGUCCAGAUGUUUCAGAGCAUGGUGGCGCUGGGCACAGCGGCAGCGGGCAGUGGCGGCGGCUGUGGCCCUGGGCCGGCGGCAGCUGUUACGCAGGGGUCUGCGGGCACUGCGGUGGGCACUGUGGCUCCGGGAGGCCCAGCUGGAGGCGGCGUGGGGGCGACACACACAGGCCCUGCUGGCCCGGACCUUCCAGAAGUGGAGACACUUGAUUCAGCAGCACAAACAAGGGCAGCCUCACGUCCACACUGGGCCAAGACCCCUGUCCUCCGGGGGAGACCAGGACCAAGGCCCCUCAGGAAGGAAGCCGAAGGGAUGGGCCAGGCAGGAGAAGGGGGUCCAGGGAGAGGCCUCGCAGGCCACGCUGAGGACUCAGAGGAUAGCGAGGCCCCCCCACACCUGGCGCUCUCCUGCUGCAGGUGCAGCCUGGGUGGCCCUACUGGACCCUCAGCAUCGGAGAGCUUGGCUGUCCAGGUGCUUUGGGGCCUGGCAGCGUUUCGUGCAAAGAGGGACCCGGUACCGGGCCCACGUGGCCAACCGCCAGGCAGGGACCCUGAGGACGUGCUUGCAGCAGUGGGUGCAGAUGAAGCAGCUCCGGGCGUCAGACGGAGCGAAGGUGGCCCAGCUGUCUCUUUGUUGGCGGAAGGCAGGGAACAUGGCCCUCUUCAGCUCAGUCCCUGAAGGGGCCACAGUGCAUGGGCUGAGGCUGAUGGCCACGGCGCGGGUGCUGCCCCAGGAGCAAGGCUGGGGCUCCUUGCAGGAAGCCUGCCGGAAGCUGGCCCUCCAGCGGGCGCUGCUGCUCUGGAGGAAGCGGCUGUCCCAGCACCAGCAGGCGGACUCCUUCUUCGAGGGCAUGCAGCGGCGGGCACUGCGGCACAUCCUGAGGGGCUGGCGCCUGAAAGCACGAGAUGCGGGCAGCGCCAGGAUCGCCUCAGCCCCAGAUCCGCUGGGCGGUGCCCUGGGAGGGGAGGCCCCUCCAGGCCACAGUACACACCGGAGAAGCUCCUGGGACAAGGCUUCCAGGGCCCCCGCCCUCCUGGAGAUGCUCCGGUUGAGCUUUCUGUGCGCAGUGGGUCGGCGACAGCAGGGGCAAUGCCUUCUGCUCUGGCGGGCGCGGGCCCAGCAGUCCCGGGACGCAGCGAGGUGGCACCAGAGCAAGCUUCAGAGGCGCAUCCUCCUUGGCUGGAGCCACUGGGCAACAGCCCAAGGGGCCCGGAGAGGGCUGGCUGCCCGCUGGGCCUGGAAUCAGAGGGGCAGGGCCGCCCUGGGCCUGUGGCGGCAGCGGCUGGUACAGCGGCGGGAGGUGGAGUGGCGGGCCCGGGAACGGGGCCGGAGACUGCAGCAACGUGCCCUGGGCCACUGGCACUGCUACUGGCAGAGACAGGUGUUCCUGCAGGAGAAGUGCCAGCGGUGGGUGCAGGCCCGCCUCCAGGGCCUGCGGAGGGCCGUAUUCUGGGGCUGGCAGCAGGCGGCAGCUCGCCGGAGACCCGUGGCAGCCAGUCCAGAGCAGCUCCUAUUGCAGAGCCACUUCCAGGCCUGGUGUGGAGUCGUGAAAGCCUCCUGGGCCAAGCGUCCAGCCUUCCAAGAUGGCCUGAGGAGACGGAUACCCGGGACCACAUUUGCCAGUGAGGCCCAAGUGGCCACAGCCCAGCCUCGGGAGCUGCGUGUGGCCCGGGCCUCUUGCUGGAGAAGCCAAGAGCAGGGCUGCCAGGCAGACAGGCAGCUGAGGAGGACCUGGGCCCAGCAGGCCUUCGUUGCAAGACGAGUGGCCCCGGACCUGUGUUGCAAGGCCCAUCGGCAGGCAGGAGAGAGCUCCAAGGCCCAGGCCCUUUGCUGGAUGCUGUGGGCACGUGAGUCCUGCCAGCACCGAGUCCUUCGAGACCAUGCUGUCCCGACUCUGAGUGCCAGGUGGGGUCCUAGAGACCUGGACCCAGUCAGCGACUCAGGGCCACGUCCAGCGAACUGCCAUCACCCACUUCCAGCAGGCUGGGCCCAGGCGCUUCCUGCGAACCCACUGGGCCCAGUGGCGGACAGCGCUGCUCAGAGUGUGGCUAGAACCACAGGCCCAGGAGGCCAGCACAGCCCACCCGGCCAGGCGGAGGGCCAACCUCCAGCGCUGGCCUGGGCUGGCCACCAGAGGGCGUCUCCUAGUGCUGAUGAACCCCCCAGCCCUGAAGAGGCAGACCCGCAGCUGCAGGCCAUGGGCCAUGGGGCCCAGCCCAACCCAGCACCGCAGCCCCAGUGGACGGAUGCGGGGAGAAGUGUCCUGGGCUCAGAGAGACUUGGGCAGCUGUGGUGGAAGCAGGGACACUGGCUUCAUUCGCUCAACACCAUUUCCUGCGCACCCUUCUCUUACAGUUCAACCUCCAGAAGCAUCAGGACGAGCCCGGCUGCGCCAGCUGCAGAACUCCCAGCAGGCCAGGCUCCGGGCAGCCAUGUGGCAGCGCUGGGUAGAUGCUCAGGGGGCAGAGAGGCUGGCAUGGACACUCCUCAGGCAGUGGCACCUGAGAUGGGCCUGGCGACUGUGGCGGGGGCGCGUCCUGCGGUUGCAGGUGGCUCAGCGGUUACAGCGACAGGAGGACGGCCGGGUCCUUUCCCAGAGCCCAGCUUCCUGGUCACAAAUCACAUGUAUCCUGAGCUGGGGCUUUUGGCCUGGGGCAGAGGGAAGGGCCCCCUCUUCCUUCAGGGACAGAAGGAUCUGGGCCCAGCCUUUAACAAGUGGCACCAGUGUCUGGCAGCCAGGGGCCUGAGGGCCAGAGCCAGCAGCAGCAUGAGGCCCUGGAGCAAGGCAGGCCUCAGGAGGCCUGGAAGCAGGCCGGAAGCUGCCAGAGCCCCAGCACUGGGUGGACCUGGGGCGGAGAAGGGGGCCCAGCUGCAGCUGUGA